GAAGACACAAGCUCUGAACAACUCCAGGGAAAGUAAGAAUAAUUUUGUACAAAAGAACAACUAGGACCCAUGACAAUAGGCAACAGACGGUUUUGAUAAGCUAUUCAUUUUUUAAUUGUCUUAACCUUAAUAAGCGUAACAAGAACAAAAUAACGAAUUGUCUUUACUCGAGGAAAAGAAACCAGUUCUCCACGGAUACAGUCUUCAGGGAAGAAAGACAGUCUAUUUCUCUUCAACAGCGCUUUAUGUUUCUGGAUUUUGACUUUUCAGCACGCCGCCCUACUAUGGUGAUUAUGGAAGUGCCCAGUAUCGACUGUGCGUCCCUCCGUGGCUUGUUGGAUGAGGACGAUUCCGCUUGCCUUGUUCUGGACUGUCGCUCAUUCUUCUCUUUUAAUUCCUCUCACAUCCCCGGGUCUGCCAAUGUGCGAUUCAGUACUAUAGUACGCCGGAGAGCGAGAGGGGGCUUGGGACUUGAACACAUUGUUCCUAACGAGGACCUCAGGAACAGGCUCCUGACAGGAGAGUAUCAAACAGUGGUGUUCGUCGAUGACCGGAGUUUGGACUUCGGCCAAGUGAAAAAAGAUGGGACCCUGAUGCUCGCAGUGACAGCUUUAUGUCGUGAUCCAUGCGGUGCCAGUGUAUUCUUUCUUAAAGGUGGCUUUGACACGUUUUCGUCGGAGUUUCCAGAGAUGUGCACCAAACCAUCCCCGCCACAGGGUCUGAGUUUGCCCCUGAGCGCUAGUCGACCCGAGAGCGCGGGCACAGGCUGCAGUCCAUGCAGCACACCGCUCUACGACCAGGGUGGUCCAGUUGAGAUCCUGCCCUUUCUAUAUCUUGGAAGUGCCUACCAUGCAUCUAGAAAAGACAUGUUGGAUAUGCUAGGGAUCACAGCCCUCAUCAACGUCUCGGCCAACUGCCCAAACCACUUUGAGGACUCUUUCUUGUACAAAAGUAUUCCAGUCGAAGACAACCACAAAGCAGAUAUCAGCUCCUGGUUCAACGAAGCUAUCGAGUUUAUCGACUCGGUGAGGAACAAAGGCGGACGUGUUUUCGUUCACUGUCAGGCCGGCAUCUCCCGCUCCGCCACAAUAUGCCUAGCCUACCUCAUGCGCACCAACCGUGUGAAGCUGGACGAGGCCUUCGAGUUUGUCAAGCAGCGGCGCAGCAUCAUCUCCCCCAAUUUUAGCUUCAUGGGGCAGCUGCUGCAGUUUGAGUCCCAGGUCCUGGCCACCUCCAGUUGCUCCUCCGAGGCUGGCAGCCCAGCCAUCAGCAAGAGCAGCACUGUCUUUAACUUCCCCGUCUCCAUCCCCGUGCACUCCACGGCCGGGCCACUAUCCUUCCUGCACAGUCCCAUCACCACCUCCCCCAGCUGCUGAACCUUCCCAUCCGUGGCUAACCAUUGGUGUAACAGUGUCAUAAAGUGAACAUAGACGCUGGACAAAACGGGGAAUAAAGACAUUCUGGAGAUGGAUAUUUAAAAGGACAAUUGUAUGGCCUGUGGUGUAAUGCAAUGGACUAUGACAUAGGUUAGCCCCCAUUGUGUUGACAGGACUAUCUCUCUUGUCACAACAUCCUGUGUUAAUGGGAAUGAGCCUCACUCUUCUGCAAGGCCCUACCACACUAAGAGCAUGUGCAUGUACAAGGCUAAGACUGCUCAGGUCAUUUGUAACUGAAGUAUUUUACCCCUUUUUUACAGUAAUUGUACCAUGUGAUACUGAAAGUGGUGGCUGGUGAUAAUUAUUAUCAUUCGGUAAAUGUCCUCUCGGACUCACUCAGAAAUCUUUUAUGACCUUUCUUGGCUUUCGGAUCAGUUUUAUGAGAGCACUGCAGACAUCUCGCUAAACAGAAUCACUCCUCGGACUCUUUGAUUUGACGAACAAUGAAUGUAUCCCCCUUCUCUUUCAAGAUGAAACUCAGGCCAAGUUUCUUUUUAACAAUUAUUUCUGUAAGUGGACAGAGAUGCCCGUUCAAAUGCCUACCUUUGAAAACACCAUGAAACCCUGACAUUGGGUUAAAACAACCGUCAGAUACCUCAUGCCUCUGUACUGUGUGCAGCAGCUCUGGGAAGAGAGAGAACCCCAAAAGCACUAAGAUGGGGAACUUUUACUAAAGAGACUGCUUUCUGAUGUGUGAUAUUUAUUGAACUAAAGUAAUAUAUUUCUUAUAUAUAUUUUUGCAUAUGUUUGUAGUAUGUUUGAUACAACUGAAUAAACUCCAUUGGUAUUUUUUACUUAAAAAGAGAA